UGUUUUAGAGCACGUUUUUAUGAGUUUUUUUCAAAGUACCUAUAUUAAAGAUGUUUGUAUCAUGUUAAAGACGAAAAAACUUUAAUGUUUACAUCGGCUUAAAAGUUCAGAAAUGAUAGAACUCGCCUAGUUAGUUUAUAUUACGCUUUUUGUUUAUUUUAAAUUUUAUUAAUAUGGCUAAAAGUUUAAAUUUACGAAGCAUCGAAGAACUAAGAACCUCCACAUUUAAAAUAGAAGGUGUACCUACUGUUACCUCUGAAGAACAAUGUGAUACAGAAGAAAUAGUUGCUAAGAAAUAUGAGGAUUUGCAUAAAAAUCUUUUGGUUAAUAAAAAUUUGCCAGUUUUAUUGAGAAAGCAACAUAUUGACUACUUAUUGCAGAAUUUGCAUUUUCUUCCAACAUCGUAUCAGUUUUUGGACGCAAGUAGAUCAUGGAUGUGUUAUUGGAUUUUACAUGCCCUAACACUCCUAGGAACAGACAUUAAUGAAGGAACUAAAUCCAAAGUAUCAUCUUUUUUAAAAAAAUGUCAACAUCCAGAUGGUGGUUUUGGGGGCGGUCCAGGACAAUUAAGCCACUUAGCCCCAACAUAUGCAGCUGUAAAUGCUUUAGUUUUACUUGGAAACGAAGAAGCAUAUAAUGUUAUUGAUAGGUGUAAACUAAAAAAGUUCCUUACAAGAAUGCAUCAACCUGAUGGUUCUUUUACAAUGCAUGAAGGUGGAGAAGUCGAUAUUAGAGGGGCAUAUUGUGCAUUAUCAGUGGCAAGCCUAACAGACAUUUUAAGUAAAGAAACUUUCAUUAACACACCUGAAUGGCUAGUGACAUGCCAAACUUAUGAAGGUGGUUUUGCAGGGUGUCCUGGAAUGGAAGCACAUGGAGGGUAUUCUUUUUGUGGUCUAGCAGCUUUGUUUAUUCUUCAAAAAGGUCAUUUAAUUGACUAUAAUGCAUUUUUGAGGUGGCUGGUCAAUAGGCAAAUGCGGUUUGAAGGGGGUUUUCAAGGGAGAACCAAUAAGUUGGUUGACGGGUGCUAUUCAUUUUGGCAGGGAGGAGCAUUUUCUUUAAUUUACUCCCUUUUAGCAAACGAAAACAAUCCUCCCAGUCAUCAACUAUUUGAUGAAAGAGCUCUGCAAGAAUAUCUAUUAAUUUGUUGUCAAAAUAUUCAUGGAGGGUUGAUUGAUAAACCUGGAAAACCCAGAGAUGUCUACCAUACUUGUUAUACCUUAAGUGGACUUUCCGUCGCUCAACAUUUUAAAAACGAAAGUUAUAUUUUAGGACCUUUACAAAAUAAAGUAGGAUUUAUUCAUCCAUUAUACAACAUAAGACCAGAUUUGGUAAAAAAAGCCAUACUAUUUUUUAAUAAUUCUAAAUUAAUAUCUAGUAAUGUAAGCUAAAC